ACAACUGAAUUUCGCAGGUCACUGCGGGGAGCACUGGGGCCCUCUUGGGGUGCAAACUUGCAAGGACAAUAUUGUCUAAGUAAAACCAAACUGGCAAUACCUGCUGAAGCUGAGGUUGCCUAGGUAGUGGUGUCAGGAAUACUAAAUUUGGGGAUGGAUGUAGCAAAACGAGGGCUAAUGGGGGAAAAGUGACUAGAGGCAUAUUUGUCUGGGAGGAGACAGGUAGAGAAAGGAAGGGUCAAGAAGUGGGAAAGGGGAUGGCAAGGUCAGCGUCGGGCUGAUGACGGCAUACGGGUUGGCUGUGCUUUGGCAGGGGGGAGGCGCGGGCUGGGUGCUUUCCCCGGCUGGCAGGGAGCACAUAGACGGGGCUGGCGGAGCCGAUGUGUUUGUGCUCUGGACCCGAUGACAUCUGCAUCCACCUGCCUCUUCUUAAUGCUUUACACACAGCUGUCCCGUCCCAGCAUCCGUCUCGCUCUGGUUUUGGUGGUCCAUGGGAGUCAGACAGGGCCAGCGGCGCUUGGCAGGGCAGGAACCUUUCCCCAGUGGCCUGGGGCAGAGCUCAAACCUUCCCAAGUCUCUCAUCCCUCUGCUUUUCAGUCUAGAGCUUGAAACUUGGUCCCCAGCUGCUCCUCUGAGCCCAGGAGUGUCUCUCCCUUAAACUGGCAUUCCCUUUGCAGAAAGCUUAUGGGACACGGAUGAUCCCAGCCCACAUCUGCCUUGGUGGGGGGAAAAGCUGCUCGUGGUGGGACAAGUAUUUCAGAGCCUGCUUGAGCCCCUAACCACCACGACAAACAGGCUGGAGGACGGGUUCAACCUCUGCUCCGCUCAGGGUGCUGGGCUCCUCUCCCAGGGGCAGGAUGGAGGAUGGCGGAGCUAUAAGGGAUGGGGAUGGAUAUUCUGGCCCCAGAGCAAGGAAAAGAUCUGGGACAUCCCCUGUAAUUUAUAUUGCUGCGAGAACUGAAAUAGGAAAGCCCACACAGAAGUGGAGUCAGGCGGGUUAUUCUCUCCCUGGUCUGGCCCGGCGAUCGAGCCCAGCAUUUCUUGCAACGGGGCUGCUUCUGGGGCGCGUUGCAGCUCUGCCCGUGUGCCCCUGUGGGGCUGCAGCGUGGCCCCUCCGCGAUCCCCCUCUGCCCUGCCCUGGCAGAAAGGCGUCCGGGCCGGGAGCGCCGGGAGCCGUCAGGCAGCUCUGCCCUCGCCAGCUGCCCGCUCGCAGCACCGGGGAGCCGCCGGCUCCCGCUGGCGUCGCUGCCGGCAUCGGAGGGCGAGAGCCGGGAGCUGCCACCCGCCACCGGCCAGCCUUCCGGAAGGGUCCCCCGGCAGAGGGGCAGGAGAGGAGGCAGCGAGGAAGGAGAGGAGUGAUCGGCAGGAAAACAGGGAGUCUGGAGCCAGUCCAGGCAGGAGUAUCCACGGCACUGCCCUGGAGCAUCGGAAAUCCAGUCCUUAACGGCGAAAACUCCUCACACGGUACUGCCCGACCUGUUAUUCUCGUUCCAGCGUGGUCUUUUAAGGGGCUAUUUUAAAAGCGUGGCUAUUUUUGAGCCUUUUUCCCUUGGCAGAUGCUGCUGUGCCGUCCCGCAGAGCUGCUGGGGACCAGCUGGGCGCUCCUUGCAGGGCUGCUGGUGUCCUUGCACCAGGCUGCAGAAGCGGUGGGAGCCCUCGAGAGAAAAGCCGCCGCCGUGGGAUCCUCGGUGCUGCUUCCUGGGCCGGACAACAUCACGCACAUCUACUCCAUGCGGUGGGAAUACCUCAAUGGCACCAACGCCCGCACCAUCCUGCAGUACUUCAGCGGGUCCCACAACCCAGCCGUCCACGCGCCCUACACACGACGAGCCGUUUUCCAUCCAUCCAAUGGAUCUCUCUUGCUGGAGGAUGUGCAGGAAAGCGACAGUGGCAUCUACAAAGCCACUGUCAACGUGGGAGACAGGGAGAGCCUGAAAAUCCUGCUGGAAGUCCUCAAGCCUGUGUCUCGCCCUCGGCUCCGGAGCAGUGCUCUGGUGGCCCAGGCCACCGGUGAGGUGCUCUGUGACGUGGCAGAGGGCAGGGUGGACACCAUCGCCUGGAAGAAGGACGGGCAGCCCCUUCCCCCAGACAGAGGUUUCCACCUCUCUGACAACCUCAGUGUUUUGUACCUGAGGUCGGCGAAGAAGUCAGACUGCGGCUCCUACUCCUGCAACGCCAGCAAUGGGAUAAGCUGGCAAGAAGCCUCCCUGAACGUCACCAUUGCAGGUCUCUCCCCUCCCUUGCAAGAUGUGCUGAGGAUCGCGGUCGUUGCUGUGGUCUUUGCUGCCGUCUCGGGAUGGGGAUUAAUUUUUCCCGUCUGCCAGUCUGAAAAGCUAAGAAUAAGGGGGGAGCUGUGGAGGUGGCUCAGCGCUUACACCUGCGGGCUGGUGUGCAUCGCCUCCGUCCUGGCAGGCACCGCCGGGAUCCUCUGGAUGCGAGAGGAAGGCCCUUCUAUUGCGAUCAUAUUGCCAGAGAUCGCCCUUACAUACGUGAUCGUGGUAACCUGCCUGGUCUCCGCCACCGUGACCUUCCAGCCUACAAAGCUCAUCCAACUGAAAAGCAAAACAGCGCACGAUGGGCUACGCGGCUCCUGGAGGAGUGCUUUCGGUGGUGCUGAUGACCAGCUUUCUCUUAAAGAACAUCCACCAUCGCCACGAAGAAGGAUGCACGGAGUUCAUGGACGUGACCGCUCUCACGGUCAGCACAGCAGCCGUGUCGGCCCUCCCGCUCCUCGCCAUCUUCCUCUGCUAUCACACGACUCAGGGGUGGCUGAAGGAACAUGACUCCAGCUGGGCGGACAAGGAGAGGUCCUUUGAAAUGUCUCAGCCCAGCAGACAGGAUGCUGUUUCCAUCCGUUAGAGGUCGGCUGGGGCGUUUCUUCCUUGGCUGAGUCAACUCAGUCGUUCCCAGGGUUUGACGCGUCCAGGGUUCUCGGUUUCAGCGGGGGUUGAGCCUCCGGGAGACCUGUAAUAAACAGCAAUGAAAUGAA